AUGGCCACUGAUAUUGCUUCAUCUUUCACCCUAUGUCAACAUAUAGCAAAAGAGAAUGAAGAGGAAUGUCAAGAGGAACAAUAUUCACUUUGUCCGCAUUGUGAUUUAUGGCUUUGUAUUCCACACACAGCUGACCAUCAACAAAUUAUACAGACCAAUGCUCAUGAAUUCAAUGAUCGUGUCAAUGAAGUGCGCCAACAGUUAACUGAACUGUCCAUUGAUUGUCUUUAUGAAGAUUGCAAGAAGAAAAUAGACGAAUGGAAAGAUCGAAUGCACGCAGAAAUCAAUAUUCGACAUGAUGAAAUGGUUCAACAAUUGACUAAGUUAUACAAUGAACUCGCAGAAGAAGUAAAAGAAUUUAAACUGAAAAAGAUUGAAUCAUUUACGCACGAUAUUGUUGAACCACUUACUCAUAUGCUUACCAAACAAAAACAAAUUCAUCCGAAAAGAUUAAAAACUUUGGUAACACAAUUGCAGUCUCUCGAGGAAAAAAUUGCAGAUAUUAACAAGCCUAAUUUAAUUCAUAUGAAUUGUGAUAAAGUAAAAUUAAGCGAAGAGAUCAAUUUUACACGGCAGCAUCCAUGCGAUGAAAUAGGGGUAGUAUUGGAGAAUCGUCAAUCACUAGAACUUGAAUGUGUACAGAAGAAAGAGCUUCAUCGCUUUCCACUAAACACAAAAGUUUCAGCAUUAGCAGCAUCAGCUAAUUACAUUCUGGCGUUUGAAAGGCCUUCAACAUUACUUUUAUUUGAUAACAAAACUCAACUUCGAUCUAUUGAUACAAAAGGCGACUCGGUAUGGGAUAUUUGCUGGUCUGAUACCAUGAAGCUCUUUCUGAUUGCCGGGGCAAAACUUCAAACGUAUGAUAUUAUUCAUAACAAGAUAGUUGAAACACCUGUUAAUAUUCUACACAAUGAUCCUCAGAUUUGGGCUAUUACCAGUUAUUUUCAUGAUGUACUUUUACUAGACGAUGAGGGUUUGAUUUACCGCUAUUCAUGGCCUUCGUUCACGCUAAAGGCAACAUGGCAAAAAAGCAUUUAUCUGGAAGAUAGUGAUUCUAAAGCAGCGUGUAUCCGUCUUAAUGAUAUGGGAAUAUUAGCAAUAAGUAUUACACAAAAGGAUUUACAUUGGCGUAUAGAUUUGUUUGAUGCACAUAUGCAGCGAAUUCACCGCGGCGUUCCUCUCACCAACAAUGGAACAGCUAAUUUGUUGGAGUUUUCGUUUAUUUCUCUGACUAAUAACGAAUGGCUCGUGAUGGAUCGCAGCUCUAGACCUCAAAUGUUAACAUUGGUCGAUAAAGACGGAAAAUUGAAACAACAAAUUGAGAAGGAAGGAUUGAAUGUGGCUCUAAUGGGUAGAAGAUGUCUUGUUUUACGUGAUAAUACAGGCUUGCUUCUGUACAAACUCUCAUCACGAGCGUAA